CAUCAAAUAAACACAUUAUCCCAAAGAAAGAUCUUAAUCACAUGGGAAGAAGAGGGAGAGAGAGGGGAUGCGCCUGAUUUUCAUUUGGGUAGCAGAUUUAAUGAACGAUGGAGGCUAAUUUGGGUGAAAAUAGGGUUUAGAUGGGAAUGGGGUUGAAGAUGAAGAUGAAGAUGAAGAUGAAGAUGAAGAUGAAGAUGAAGAUGAAGAUGAAGAGAUUUUUGCAUUGAAGAAGACAACAAACAGGUGUUGCCCAAAUUUGGUGAGUUGUAAAACAAGAACAGCGACUUGCCGAACAUCAUACCCUGUUUUCUCUAUUACCUAUCUCACCCUGCGCGGCGCCUUUCUUCUGUGUUCUUGCCUCUCCCAAAUCACUGCCCCAUUCCUUUUCCUUCACACACUUUGCCUCCCUAUUGCUCUUCCACCAAGAAACAUAUUGAUCCCUUUUCUUCUUCUUCUCUCUCUCUCUCUUCUACUAAGUUUUGUUUGAGGGUUCAAUAGUGUUCAUCCAUCAAAAAGAACGGAACCCACUUUUUUCUCCGCGGAUUUUGGUCUCCAAUCGAUUGAUUGUCUCCACAUUUAAGAUCUGUGGAGAUGUCUAGUUUUGAAGGCGUUUUAGUUUCUGAUCAGUGGCUUCAAAGUCAGUUCACUCAAGUGGAGCUUCGAAGCCUCAAAUCCAGAUUUAUAUCGGCUAAGAAUCAAAAUGGAAAAGUGACGACCGGAGAUUUGCCACAAAUAAUGAUGAAUUUGAAGGCAUUUAAAGAAAGGCAUAGUGAAGAAGAGAUCAGGGGAAUCUUGAGCGAGUCAGAUCCUCAGUUGAGCGAUGAAAUUGAUUUUGAAUCCUUUCUCAGGGCAUAUUUAAACUUGCACGGUCGAUCAGCCGAAAAAGUUGGUGGUGCAAACAACUCUUGGUCGUUUCUCAAGGCUAGCACAACCACUCUUCUUCAUACAAUCAGUGAAUCGGAGAAAUCGCUCUAUGUGGCUCACAUAAAUAGCUAUCUUCGAGAUGAUGCAUUUCUAUCGAACUAUCUCCCAUUAGACCCGUAUUCGAAUGAUUUGUUUAAUCUUGCAAAGGAUGGAGUUCUUCUCUGUAAACUUAUCAAUGUUGCUGUACCUGGGACGAUCGAUGAACGAGCUAUCAAUACCAAACGAGUCCUCAACCCGUGGGAGAGAAAUGAAAACCAUACUCUUUGUCUCAACUCUGCCAAAGCAAUCGGCUGCACAGUGGUUAAUAUUGGUACACAGGACUUGGUUGAAGGACGACCGCAUCUGAUCUUGGGAUUGAUUUCGCAAAUUAUAAAGAUCCAACUAUUGGCCGAUCUUAACCUGAGGAAGACGCCUCAACUCUUGGAACUCGUCCAGGAGAGUGGGGAUAUCGAGGAGCUUAUUAAUUUACCUCCCGAGAAGAUUUUGUUAAAAUGGAUGAAUUUCCACCUUCAGAAAGCAGGAUACAAGAAACCUGUUUCAAAUUUCUCAUCUGAUCUGAAGGAUGGAGAGGCUUACGCUUACCUGCUAAACGUUCUUGCUCCCGAACACUGUAGUCCAUCCACAUUGGCUACUAAGGAUCCUAAUGAAAGGGCAAAACUUGUACUUGAUCAUGCAGAAAGAAUGGAUUGUAAAAGAUAUUUGACUCCGAAAGAUAUUGUUGAGGGUUCAUCCAAUUUGAACCUUGCUUUUGUGGCUCAAAUAUUUCACCAACGGAGUGGUUUUGCAGUAGAUGGAAAACAAGUAUCGUACGCAGAGAUGAUGACGGAUGAUGUACUAACUUCUAGAGAAGAACGAUGCUUCCGGCUCUGGAUAAAUAGUCUUGGCAUUGUUUCUUACGUUAAUAAUGUAUUUGAGGACGUCAGGAACGGAUGGAUACUCUUAGAAGCGCUGGACAAAGUUUCUCCAGGGUCGGUUAACUGGAAGCAUGCAUCAAAACCUCCUAUCAAGAUGCCUUUUAAAAAGGUUGAAAAUUGCAAUCAAGUUAUCCGGAUCGGGAAGCAGUUGAAGUUUUCGUUGGUUAACGUGGCUGGAAACGAUAUCGUUCAAGGAAACAAGAAGCUCAUCCUUGCUUUCCUAUGGCAGUUAAUGAGAUUCAAUAUUCUCCAACUUUUAAAGAACUUAAGAUCUUACUCUCGAGGAAAAGAGAUGACAGAUGGUGACAUUCUGAAGUGGGCAAACAGCAAAGUGAAGGGCACGGGAAAGUCUUCUCAAAUCGAGAGUUUUCGGGAUAAGAGUUUGUCAAAUGGAAUAUUCUUCCUUGAUCUGCUAAGUGCUGUUCAGCCUAGAGUGGUGAAUUGGAACCUUGUUACCAACGGUGAAAACGAUGAUGAAAAGAGGUUAAAUGCUACCUACAUUAUCAGUGUUGCACGAAAGCUGGGUUGUUCGAUAUUCUUGUUACCUGAGGACAUAAUAGAGGUGAAUCCAAAAAUGAUCCUCACAUUAACAGCCAGCAUUAUGUACUGGAGCCUUCAACAGCCUGUUGAAGAAAUAGAUAUCUCUCCUUCUCCUGCCACAGCGAGUACCAUUACGGAUAUGUCGACCACCUCAUCGAUAAACGGCGAGGACGAGAGCUCCUCUCUCUGUGGCGAAGUUCUGAACUUAAAUUUAGACGAUACUGGCUCUGAUACCACGGUGUCCUCCGUGAUUGAGAACGAAAGGGAUCUCAUGUGACGGAAGAGUCGUUGGAGUAUGACGAUAAGAAUAUACAUGGACACGAAAAUAAAAAGGCGAAUUUAGAACACAAGCUUCUAAGAAAGAGGCAAGGGUG